AGAUAAACCUAAAUGUCAUUGGUGCUCACUGUCACUUUUGUCGUUUUGAUAGCAUACAACGAAUUUACUGUUUAAAUGAAAAGACGUAUUUCUAAUUCAGAUUAACAAUAUUCCAUCGUUGUAUUAAAGUGUAUGUGCCGCGGAUCUAAAAGUGUAUGGCCUCUUGCCCAGGCAUCGAUUUCGAAACAGUUGCAAAGAUUACUGUGGAAUGAUGCGUGAGGGUUGGAAAUUGUGGAGCAACAGCUCAGAGGGUCACAGCAGCGAUCCCGAAGAGGAUGAUGAAGAAGAGAUGGCAUUCGGAGAGAUUGAGGAAGACUCCGAGGAGAUGAUGGACUUGAGUGAUCUACCUACAGCUCUGUUUGCCUGCAGCGUGCAUGAGGCCGUGUUCGAGGAGGACAGGCAGAGGGAGCGGUUUGAGGCUCUGUUCAGGAUCUAUGAUGAUCAGACGACCUUCCAGAUGUUCAAGAGUUUCAGAAGAGUUCGGAUCAGCUUUAGCACUCCAGAGGCCGCUGCACGCGCACGCAUCGAGCUCCAUGAAUCUGAUUUCAAUGGCACUAAACUAAAACUGUACUUCGCACAGGUGCAAAACUCAGGGGACGAUGUGGACAAGACAUACCUUGCCCCACCUCAACCUGUCAAGCAGUACCUCAUCUCUCCACCUGCGUCCCCACCUGUGGGAUGGAGCCAGAGUGAAGAUGCCACACCAGUGAUCAACUACGACCUGCUGUGUGCUGUGGCCAAACUGGGACCAGGUGAGAAGUACGAGCUGCAUGCGGGUACAGAGUCCACUCCUAGCGUGGUGGUCCAUGUGUGUGAGAGUGAAAAUGAGGAAGAGGAAGAAGCCCGGCCAAAAACCAAGAUUGUCCAGACCCGACGCCCUGAUGGUCCCCCGAAAGUCUACAACUAAAAACUUUGGCACAUUUUACACGGUUUUCUCUCUCUGUGUCUCUUUCUCUCAUCCAGGGAGAGACAAGCUUUAUUUCAAUAACAAAAAAAGCUAAACUAAGAAAUGGAUGGAUUUGGAGGGGUGCCCCGUGCACAGGUGACGUGUGGUGUUCUGAACCGGACUCAUGGACUGAACUCACGGGACAGCCAGGGGCCGAUGAGCUUGUAACCCCCCUCUCACAAUCAUGGCACUUUCAUUCCCUCAUUUAGAGUCUUUGUACUGUAUCACAGAAGAGCAGUAAUUGUAUUUAACAGUCGUAGAAGUAGGCUACAUUUAAACUUUGUUACUGUUUGUCAAAUGAUCAUCAAAGAAAAUGCUUUAAAAAGGGAGCAGACCCAUUCUGUUUCUCCGUUUCUCUCUCGACAGCCGUGUCCGUGUUUAUCUCCAUAACGGUCAGGUUGGCACACCUGCAGAGGUGCCGCGCGGCUCGCUGGGAUUGUGACCCGUGUGUGUAUUUAUGCCUGUUCAUACCAUGCUAGAAUGGGAUGACAAGUUGUUUAAUGGAAAUGGUAAGAACGAAGGUGUCGACUGAAGUGUUUCUGUCAUGUUGGUUUUGACGAGAAGGUGUUUACUAAGUUAGAUGUGUAUUAUUCUUACUGUGUAUUUAAUACUACAAAUUUUUGCAUGCUUACUGGUGUAUUUUACACUCUAUGUUAAAGCAACUUUAAGCAUAUCUGAUCGCUGUCUUUCAGAGUGAGUGGCCUUGAAAAGGGAAGAAACAGUUGUCAGGUGUAAAGUUCAACAUUUUGUACUUGUAGAGCGCAUCAUUCACUUGCAGGCCAGACAAACAAUUAGGAAAAAGCACAUGGUUUGGGUCUUGGUUUUACAUCAUCUCUGUUUGGUGUGCUUCUCACUUUGUAUUGUUAAGCACUGAGAAUGUUUAGUGUUGUUCAUAUCUUCGUAGAUUGACCUGUUUGUUUGGAAAUGAAAGCAAUGUGCCGAGUGACUUGGCCCAGAACCACUGUGUCAACACUUGACUACUGUCAUGUCAAUGUUAAUUGUUAAGUUGUGUAUUUUGCAUUGACAGAUCAAAUCAUAAAGGGAUUGUCCACUGAAAAAUGAAAAUUCUGUCAUCACUUACUCAUUUACUCAAACCUCCACUGUGUUCAUUCAUACCAGAAUGGUAAAAAUAGAUGAAAAUGGAUGGAUGAAAAUGUCAUUUUAAGGUGUGUUUUAGUAAUAAUGUACAGUCAAUGAAGUAUAAUGCAAUGUUUGACCAUCAGAUUGAGGAUUGCAGAGAGGCUUGUCAUGAUGGUGGUUAAAUUAGCCUUAUAAAAAAAAGUCACAUUUUAGUCUCAAAAAAAAGAAAAGAAAGAAAAAAGUUAAAUAUUGAGUGAUAUUCAGUCAUAUUUUGAAAUGUGAUAUCAUGAUGAUGUAAUCACAUUAAAAAGAAAUAACUGUGAUGUUCAUGUGACUUUAUAAAUUGCUUUGCUCCCUUGCUUACAUGUGAGAAAAAGAUUUCAAGUGUUUUGUUUAAAAGCCAACCCUUCAGCGAUGAAGGACUCGUUUAGCAAAUAACGUAAUAAAGAAAAAAAAUCUAUCAGAAUUGAACUUUUUUUAUUUUGUACUUCUGCAUGCUGUGACUUUCCAUAGAUGCAGUCUUUCCUUUUUGUAUCUCACUCUGAAUGCAGCCCUUUUUGUCUUGCCGUUUCAUCCUGUUGUGUUUUCAGGUGUUUAGUCAAUGUAGGGGUGAGAAACAUGGUGAACAACGCUCUUUUGAGUUCUUGAUAACCAGCAUGAACAAAUGUUUUGGACUCUUUGAGUUUUGUGUGUGUUAGCCUUUAAGACAAAAGGAAGAAGUGACGUAUAUGAACACAACAAGCAAAUUUGUAAGAUAAGCCUGUCAUUGGCAGCAUAAUGUAUUGUUAUUUUAACUGUCUUUGAGGCUGUUGUUGCAGUUCCUUUGUGUCAGUAAAAUGAUUUUGUUUCUUCUUUUCUUUUUUUAAGGAAGUAUACAGAUAGUUCUAUUACUGUUGCUGUUCUGUUUAGAUAUAGAUAUUGUCUAGUACUGUAACUGUAGUUCAUAACCCAUGAACAUGAAGCAAUAAUUUACAGUUAUAUGUCUGUGUCCCUGUAUGGUAUGGUGUUUUUUUUUUUGGUAACUUUAUUUUAAGGUGUCCUUGUUACACGUUAUAUAUACCAACUAU